AUGCUGCCUAUCGUCGAGCCACCACCACCCGAGGAUCCGUCAAGAUGUCAACUUCUAGGGCCUACUGCCCUUGCAGUACAGGGAGCGAUGGGAAUCUUGGUAAUCGCCUCGUUGGUGGCCAAGCGGCAUUUUGAGCGGCGCAAGCGCCCAUGGCGAAUAUGGCUGCUAGAUGUGGGCAAGCAGCUGGUCGGACAGGCCGUCCUCCACGCUUCCAACCUCCUGAUAUCCGGAUUGAUAGCGGAGGGCCAGCAUAACAAUCCCUGCUCGACCUACUUUCUCAAUAUCCUCAUCGAUACGACAAUAGGCGUUGCGAUAUUAUACUUUGCGCUCAAGGCGGCGACGCACCUGAUGGAGAAGCAUACAGGACUGGAUGGACUGCAGAGUGGAUACUAUGGAGACCCGCCCAAGUUUAGAAACUGGUGGCACCAACUCAUCCCCUACUUGACCGCUGUCCUCGUCAUGAAGAUUGUGGUCCUCCUCCCCCUCACACUUCCUGGUAUAUCCACCGUCCUCCUCCGCUUCGCUCACGCCACUAUCGAGUACCUCUCGCCCAGCCUUCAGGUCAUCUUUGUCAUGAUGGUCUUCCCGCUCAUCCUCAACACACUCCAAUUCCUACUCGUCGACCAGGUGAUCAAAGCUGGAAAGGCGGACGUGGUGGCGGACGGGUAUGAGCGGGUGGAUGAGGAGGCGAUACUGCCCAAGCCUACACCGCAGAACAGCGUUCCGAGCUCGCCCCUAUUGGCAGCAGCCGACAGCGUGGGCGGGAAGCGAGGAACCUGA